CAGGGUGAUGACGUCACAGCAGGGCGCUCCCGCAGCGUUCUUCUCCCGGCUGCUGCUGCCUCUCGGCGCAGCUUGAUGACGUCACCAUCGCCAUAGCAAGGAGAUGGCGACAAGCUGGGAGCUGGGCCAAGCAGCACAGAUUUAGUCCAAAGAACGGAGAAAUUGGGUCCAUCUGGAGGCAAAGGCUGCAAUUCUCAUUAAGGUUCCUUAACUCUCAGCUGGGGGGGCUCUGCGUGUCGAGUGUGCUGCAGCAGAAAGCCACGAUCAGCCCUGAGUGCAGGGCCAGGAGCAGUCCUGAGUUCACUGCUGCAGCAAUGGCACAGCUCUGCUGGGUUUCAUGGCGGCACAUUGCACAGCUCUGCUGGGUUUAAUGGUGGUGGAGAGGAGAGGAGAGGAGAGGAGAGGAGAGGAGAGGAGAGGAGGAGGAGUAAAAGCUGAGGCAUGGUUCGAGGGGGGCAAUGUCAGUCAUUCAUUCUGGAGACUCACUGUAAUAACCCCGCCUUUGCUUGGACACCUAAUGCACAUGUAAGCAGCUCGUUCUUUAAGCACGUGCAAUUCUUGCCCUCUGAUAAAGCAGAUUUUAUUUGCAAUUCAGUGGCGGGUGUCCCACAAGCAGAAGCACGUUUGCAGUCAGCGUUCCAUCUUUUAUGCCCUUUUAUGACCUGAUGCUUCUCUUUUCCUCUUCUAGUUCCUAAACUUGGACCUAAAACUGCAGCCACAGCACCAGAGAAGCUGGCACCAUCCCUAAAGCUGUAAAGCUGUGGCCGCAGCCAGAGACACCGGCACUGGUCCCCAGGCCUGAAGCCACAGCCAGGAAGGCCAGCCCCAGUCCUGGGUCAUAAAGCCACGGCCAUUGUUAGGCUGGCAUUGCCCACGAGGCCUGAAGCCUCAGCCCCAGCCUGAGCUGCGCCGGCCGUGGGGCCUGAAGCCACCUCCAGAGAGGCCGGCACCAGGCAUACAGCUGUGCAUGCACCUUCUGGAUCCUUCUGGUUCCUCUGGGACUCCAUUGACCAUGGGAGGCCAUACUGAUCAUUACUGGUUUCUGCUGGGCUGCAUGAGAGUCAAGUCCAACCCCAACCCACCCCCAGCAGAGCAGCUGUCAGGAUUCCCUCUGCUUUUUGCUGAUUGCAAUUUUUGCUUUGCAUUGGAAUUUUUUCUUUUUUGUGUGCAUUUUUUUGUUUUGUUUUGUUUUGUUUUGUUUUCUGACUCUUUUCCCCUGUUUUCUUCUGUUCCAUGAUUUUUUGCUUUCGGGGCAGAACGGCGUUCAUCGUUGUCUCAGGUGAAGAGGGAGCACUGUCCCUCGCUUGGUAUUUUCUGCACGUGGGUUGCAAGUGGAGCCUGUGGUUCAGUGUCCCAAAAUGACUGCGAAGUGCUACCAAUUUGCUUUAUAAGAAGAGAAGGGCAAGUCUGUGUUCUUAGUGAACAGACAUAAGGUUGCAGUUUGACUCUGUGAAGAUGAGCAACGCGUGCUGAGCGUUCACAUCAGCAUCGCUGCGGUGAGUUCAGCCAUCGGCUGCUUUGGGGGUAGGAUGCAGGGAUGUCGUUUUCAGACGGGAGCCCUGCGGAGCCCGUUUGUGAAAGGGGGGCCAGUGGGGUUGGCUGCCGUGUGCUGCGUUGUUCCUGUUUCACGGUGUUCUGCAGGCGGUUCUGGAGAAUUACCGAGCAGCCUGGUGAUGUUUGCGGCUGUUCCGGAGUCUGGGAUGCAACUGUGAGUCUCACAUCCUGCAGAGGCUCGGGUGCUUCGUUGGGUGAGUUGGCGGUGCUUGAUCUGAGCUCCCACAGCUGCCGGCGCUGCGCCCCUCACUUUCCGUCAGGACUCUGAUGAGAAAGCACGCGAGCAGACCUGCGGUGCAAACCACUCCUCGGGUCAAAUCGCAGCGCUUAUCCCCGCCCGUGGCUGUCCAGGCCGUGGCCGGUCCCCAACCUCAGCCCUCAUCCUCUGCGAUGGAGGAGAGAAAGCCCUCCUGCCCCGCAGAGGCCGAGAAGGGCAAAACCCCCCAGGAGCCCCCUGUUGUGCCGCCCGCUCCCCCCUCGGACACCCCUGGGAUGCCCGUGUGUGACGCGGAGCGUUGCGCGAUGGACAACAUCGAGGCCUUUGUCCAGAGAACAGAGCCUCAGAACGAGGAGCAGAAGAUGAAGUUCCUGCAGAGCAUCCGCACAAUCUGCAGCCGCGCGGCACAGAGGAACGCGGCGCAGGAACUGCGCAUCUUCUGCCGCCGGAACAAUCUUGUGGAGAACAUCAUGGUGCUGCUGGCGGAGGAGCCGCACAAAAAGCUGAGCUCUGAACUGCGGCUGCAAGCGAUGGCCACCAUCACCGCCCUCAGCAAGGUGGAGGGGUUGCUGGAGGAGAAGAUCCCUCUCUUUCAUGUGUGCUUCCAGAGCAUCCUCCUGCUUCCCUCGGAGCAGGACCUGGACGUGAGCCUUUACUCCAAGACUCUCAGGGCUCUGGAUGAGAUGCUGGACACCUUGGUGUUCGUCCACCCCACUGCAGGCAUCGGAGAGGAGUUGAAAAACGCCUUCCAGGUGCUGCUGCCCUUCACCUCCACUCAGAACUCAGCUGCGUGCCAGAGGGCAGUGGGGCGCAUCUGGAAGCUGUGCCAUUCACUGGCAUAUUACUGCCAGGAGAGGCGCCAUCACUCCUCGGGACGAUUCAGACCCAUCUGCUGUGACAAGUUCCGCCUGCCCGUGCUGGGGCAGCUGGUGGGAAGCCUCAUCCUGUGCUGCGCCUGCCAGGAGGACAAAACGCACCGCUGUGCUUUGAGCGCUCUCCAUCACCUCUACAAAUUCAUCCUGUGGAGAAGCCGCUGGGAAGUGCAGCCAGAAGAGCAGGGGAAGCAGGAGCAGUGGGAAGAUGAGCACGAGCUCUCCCUCACCUGGACCACCAACACCUCAGAGAUUUUGCUGCGCUUUGCAAAGCACUUCCACUCUUGGGAGACAACCGACUUCAUCCUCGUGAUGCUGCAGGGCAUGAAGGACUGCAGCAACUGCAACGCCCAGGCUGCUUCCAACCUGAUGGGUGUGCUGAUGGCUGACUUCAAGCCCACGCCCAACGAUGUGCAGCGCAUCGUGACAGCCAUCCACAGGAGCAGGAAGCUGAUCACAGAGGAAGAGGCACUGAAGCACAUCCAUGACGUCUUCCCCAGGCUGGCCGCCGCCAACCCUCGUGCAGUGACACUCAGCCUGCUGCGCUGCUCCCCCACCUGUGACAAGGACGCACGGGAGCUGUGGGAGUUGGCGCUGUCCUCAGAGGACGCGAUACCAAAGAUGAUGCAGGAGCUGCUGCGUCUGCUGGAGAUCGCGCCGCUGGGCCUGGAGACCGAGUCCAGCACCCUUAGCCUGGCCGCGGUGGCGGCGCUCUAUAAGCUCCUGCAGAACCUGGAGUACGGCCCGCAGGUGCGGCAGUUUUUCCCGGAGCUCUUUGUGGCGCUCGUCCUCCAGUUGGUGUCCUGUGAGGAGCUCUGUUCGCUGGAGGCCAUCGCCAUCACGGAGGAGCCGUUCGGCCCAGCUUCACCCACCUCUGCCGCCAGGAUGGUGGUGGAGACGUUGCGCCUUUUGCUGCUGUGCUCUGAUAUGGAGGACCUGGCGUUCUUCAUGGAGACCUACAACCUGUGGGCGCGGCUGCCUGGCGCUGCCCAGUGGCAGAAUGGCCUGUACAACUUUGCCAAGGUGCUGAUGAGGGGAUGCCAGAGUCAGUGCAGGCCCAUCUUCAUCCACCUGCAGAAGCUGCUGCGGUACCACCAGCUGCAGUGGAGGGAGGUCCCGGCCAUGGCGCUCUACUUCGAGAUGUGGAUCCUCAUCGGGUUCCGGGACGAUGACUACCACGCAGAGAUGAUCUUCAGGAAACACGUCUCCAGCAAACAGCUCAGGAGCAGAGAGCUGGCGCUGCUUGGGCUGCGGUACCUUUACGAUGAGAGGAUGCAGCUUCUGCUGCCCGAGGUGAUGCUGUGGCUGCAGGAUGUGCGGGCUGACGUCAAGCUGCAGGCCAUGUACAUACUGCACUGCAUCCUGACAGAGCGCCCCGCCAGCGUCCGAGGUGUGCUCAGCCAGCUGGCCGUGCUGCUGCUGUCCUACUUCAACGAGGAAACGGCAGAGAUGCGCUGGCACUCCAUGGAGCUCUUUGCGCUGCUACUGGAGGCGCCGGGCAGGAAGCAGCUGCUGCCAGAGGCGGAGAGGAGCCUGCUGCCGCUCUUCAUCCACAUGAAUGAGGACAUCCCCAACGUGGCCCAGGCUGCUCAGAUUGCUCUGAUCCGUGCCGCCAAGCUCCUGGGCUGGCAGCAACUGCAACGCUUGGCCAGUAAAGCGGAGGUCUGGAUGAUCGCUGACUGCCUGCUUCAGGAGAGGGAAGGAGAUGCGGAGCUGUACGUGAAGCAGACCAUGCUGCACCUGAACAGCCCGCAGGCAGCUUUGAGGGAGGUGGCCGUGCGCUUCCUGGGGAUGCUGGCGCAGAAGCUGAAGAAUAAGAACGAGGAGAUGGUGUUGGACAUCCGUAAAGCCCUGCAGGGUGCCAAGGGGGACAGGGAUCUGGCCGUGAAAUCCCUGGUGCAGCAGACGCUGCUGAUCCUCUGCCAGAAGACAGAUGUGCCACCCACCAGGCCUAGGGGCAGAGCGUCGCUCCAGUGGCUCCAGAGGAAGCAGAAGGAGUAGUGCCAGUCCAAAGGGUUUGGAGGUGUUGCAUUCUGCUCCUCACUGCCACAUGAACGCCAACCUGAAGAGCAACCACAGCCCCAAAGCAAACCGUGUCCCCAGCCAUAACCAGAACUCCAAGCUGAACCUCAAGCACAGUCACGAGCCCAGCUGACUUGCAGAAACUCCGUGACCACAAAGGAGCGACAAAAGCAGGGAUGUUUAUCAGCACUGCACGCACGCUGGAUGCAAACAGGAGGAAUGUCCUGAAUUGCCACCCCUGCCCAGCUGAAUCCAUGUCACCUUUCUGGUGAAAAACAGCCCGGAGAAGAGAACAAGCGAUGUCAAGAAGAAGAGCAGUCAGCUGCCAGCGGUCCUGGGGGCAUCUUCUGCCAAAAAGCAGCCUCAGAACAAAAAGAAGGGAAAAUGCUCUACCAAAAGCAAAGCGACAGAGACGCGUCCGGCACAGGCGGUGCCGCCUCCAAGUGGCAAAGAAGAAGAACGCGGUGCGGUGAAAGCCCCCGGUAGAGGAGGAGUGACAGAAAAGGCACAGGCCAAGCUCAGAAAGCACUGCGAAGCCCCAGCCCUGCACCAAACACCGCUGGCAGCCCUACGGUCCUCGAGCUCCGAGAGCAGCCUGCCUGAGGAGCGCAGCUGCAGCGCCUCUGCUGCGGUGCCACGGACGCACAAGGGGACCAGAUCUAUGCAGAGUCAGCCACCAAAGAGCAAAGCGGGGCUCCCCAGGCGGCGGACGGCCUGUCCAUGGGGUGCCCAGGAGAAGCAGAGCUCUACCUGAGGU